UUCAUACCGCUGCCGCUUCCACAAUAAGCGGAACAUUUUCUACACAAACCGUGCGGAUAUUAACCACCGGAUUCAGGAUUCAAGCGGAGCUACAACCCGGGAUAAAGUGUCCUAAUGGAGCUUAUUGUGAGCCGGGGCUCGAUCCUGUUCUUUCUCCUCGCUGCGUUACAGACUGGCACCGAGGGCAGAGGCUUCGUACCAUGCAGGCCUGGUUUUUCGGAAGAUCAGUAUGAUGCGCCGAUGCCUGAAAUCCUGCAGGAGGGACAGACGCUUCUCACAGUGACGUUUCACGACUGUGGACGAGGAGGCCGAGUGAACUUCGAAUGCAGCCGGCCUGACGACUUCAGGAUCCAGAUUGAUGGCGAGGUAUUGACUCUCCAGGCGCUGCACCCAUCUUCACUUUCCUCCUCUUCAUCAUCUGUAGUCAGUGUUACAGCGCAGGACGGCUCCACACAGGAGCAGUGGCAAACCCACAUCAGGCUCCUGCCCUCAGGGGCCAAAAAAUCACAGGAGGCGCCGCGAUCCAACGCCCUACCGGAGAUUAUAAUUCCCUCACGGCGAGCGGACGGCGAGUUCAAGCGCGUGAAGAGAGACUGGGUCAUUCCUCCUAUUAACGUCCCGGAGAACUCCAGAGGACCUUUUCCACAGGAGCUGGUCAGGAUCCGCUCGGACCACGAUAACAAGGUGAACCUGCGCUACAGCGUGACCGGCCCCGGAGCUGACCAGCCGCCCACCGGCAUCUUCUCUAUCGACCCCAUCUCUGGAGAGCUCACCGUGCUCAAACCCCUGGACCGCGAGCACAUAGCCAACUUCCACCUGAGAGCUCAUGCCGUGGACCUGAACGGCAAUCAGGUGGAAAAUCCUAUCGACAUUGUGAUCAACGUGAUUGACAUGAAUGACAACCGACCGGAUUUUGUUCAUCAGAUCUUUAAUGGAAGUGUACCAGAGGGCUCCAGGCCAGGCACGUCUGUAAUGACGGUGACGGCUGAGGAUAAGGACGACCCUCGUACCCAUAACGGCCAGUUACGCUAUAAGAUCCUGUCCCAGACCCCAGUGAGUCCGAGCUCCAACAUGUUCACCAUCAACAACCGCACCGGCAGCAUCAUCACCGUAGCAGCAGGACUGGACCGAGAGAAAGUUCCUCAGUACACACUGAUCAUCCAGGCUACCGACAUGGAAGGAAACAUGAAUUACGGUCUGUCAAACACCGCCACGGCCGUCAUCAGGGUGACCGAUGUCAACGAUAACCCACCGGAAUUCACCACUGAUUCUUUUCACGGUGAGGUGCCAGAAAACCGGGUGAGCGUGAUUGUGACCAACCUGACGGUGACGGACAAGGACCAGCCCAACACGCCAGCCUGGAACGCAGUGUUUAAGAUCACCAGCGGAGAUCCGACCGGCCGCUUCUCUGUCCCCACCGACCCCGUCACCAACGAAGGCCUGGUCACUGUGGUUAAGCCCAUCGAUUACGAGACGACGCGGAAAUUCGUGCUGACCGUGGUGGCGAUGAACGAGAUCCCGCUGGAGCGAGGAAUCCAUCUGCCUCUGCAGUCCACGGCCACCGUCACCGUCAGCGUCAUCGACGUCAACGAGAGCCCGUACUUCGACCCCAAUCCCAGACCGAUCAGGCUGGACGAGGGCAUGCUGGCCGAAUCCAUGCUGGUCAUGUUCACGGCGCAGGACCCGGACCGGUUCAUGCAGCAAAGCAUCAGAUACUCUAAACUGUCUGACCCGGCCGGGUGGUUGAAGAUCGACCCUGGCAGCGGACGCAUCACCACCACCGCUGUCCUGGACCGAGAGUCUCCGUAUGUCCAGAACAACCUAUAUAAUGCAACGUUCCUCGCCACUGACAACGGCGCUCCUCCGGCCAGCGGAACCGGUACCCUGCAGAUCCUGCUGCGGGACAUUAAUGACAAUGCCCCCCAGGUAUUCCCUCAGGAGGCCGAGAUGUGUGAGAAACCUGAACCCAAUGCCAUCAACAUCACAGCUCUGGAUGGAGACCUGAUCCCCAACACAGGACCUUUCGCUUUCGAGCUGCCCAUGCGUCCCUCCGAUGUCAGAAGGAAUUGGACUUUAACACGACUCAGUGGUGACCACGCCCAGUUAAGCCUCAAGAUUGGUUUUCUAGAGAGCGGCAUCUACGAGAUCCCCAUUCACAUCACCGACUCGGGUAACCUGCCCAUGUUCAACACGUCCUACCUGCGCCUCAAGGUGUGCCAGUGCGACCACAACGGGGACUGCACCGAUCAGCAGCGCAUCAUGGCCGCCGGUCUGGGCACCGGUGCCAUCAUCGCCAUCCUUCUCUGCAUCAUCAUCCUCCUCAUCCUGGUGCUGCUGUUUGUGAUGUACAUGAAGAGGAGGGAUAAGGAGCGCCAGGCCAAACAGCUGCUGAUUGAUCCGGAGGACGACGUCCGAGACAACAUCCUCAAAUAUGAUGAGGAGGGAGGAGGAGAGGAGGACCAGGAUUACGAUCUGAGUCAGCUGCAGCAGCCGGACACCGUAGAUCUGGAGUGUGUGAAGCCGGUGGGAAUCCGCAGGCUGGACGAAAGGCCGCUGCACCCCGAGCCUCAGUACCCCCUCAGAUCAGCCGCUCCACAUCCUGGAGACAUCGGAGACUUUAUCAAUGAGGGACUGAAAGCGGCGGACGGCGACCCCACGGCCCCUCCGUACGACUCCCUGCUGGUGUUUGACUACGAGGGCAGCGGCUCGACGGCGGGCUCGCUCAGCUCCAUCAGCUCGUCCAGCAGCGGCGGAGACCAGGACUACGAUUACCUCAACGACUGGGGGCCACGCUUCCGCAAGCUCGCCGACAUGUACGGCGGCUCGGACGAGUGAGACCGGAGCGAGACGGAGGGAGGACGCACCCACACGCCUGGCUUUUCUCCACCCCCCCCCUUCCCCGCCCCCCCACUGCUAUUCGGACUGAUGAAUGAGGACGGCUUCUGUUGACUGAUUUUCCCUCCCAGGUCUGACUGAUUCACUGCAGAGCAAAAAAAUGUUUUAGGAAAAAUAGUGAAAAC